GUCGUUUUCUGGCUUGGUAGUCGUGCCAGACGAUCAUCUGCUGUGUGACACGCGUUUCAUAACGCAGAUAAAAGAAAGAUACUGAAAACACUCGUGUUCCAAAUGGCUAUGCUGGUGAAGGAUGUACAUCUACCCGCAUCACCAACGCAAGAACUUAAUUUGCCAAAGCACAAGGAGUACUUGGCAAGCUAUGGAACUAAGAAAGAUGAUUAUGAGUACUGCAUCACGGAGCAUCUGCGAAUGAGCGGUAUCUACUGGGGCCUGACAGCCAUGGACCUAAUGGGUGCCCUGGACUCCUUUGAUAGGGCAGAGAUAAUUGAGUUUGUGAAACAGUGCCAGUAUUCCUGUGGGGGCUUUGGGGCCAGCAUUCAUCAUGACCCUCAUCUCCUGUACACAUUGAGUGCUGUUCAGAUAUUAUCAACAUUUGAUGCACUGAAUACCAUUGACAUUGACAAAACCGUAAGCUAUGUCAAGGAACUUCAGCAGGAAGACGGCAGUUUUUAUGGCGACAAAUGGGGUGAAGUUGACACUAGGUUUUCUUUCUGUGCUGUAGCGUGUCUAGCACUUCUGAACAAACUACAUGCUAUCAACAUAGAAAAGGCAGUUGAAUUUGUAGUGUCCUGCAUGAACUUCGACGGUGGUUUCGGCUGCAGGCCAGGCUCAGAAACACAUUCAGGCCAGAUAUAUUGCUGCCUUGGAACCCUGUCCAUACUUGGUCGGCUUCACCAUAUUAAUGCAGACCUUCUUGGUUGGUGGUUAUGUGAAAGGCAACUUCCAUCUGGAGGUCUCAAUGGUCGGCCUGAGAAGCUCCCAGAUGUGUGCUACUCAUGGUGGGUGCUUGCCUCGCUGAAGAUCAUUGGCAGGCUGCACUGGAUAGACAAGGAGAAACUUCAGAACUUCAUACUCGCUUCUCAGGAUGAAGAAACUGGUGGCUUCGGGGACCGACCGGGAGACAUGGUGGACCCAUUCCAUACAUUGUUCGGCUUGGCCGGUCUGUCUUUGCUAGGAGAUGAGAGACUCAAGCCUGUGAACCCAGUCUUCUGCAUGUCCGAAGAGGUUGUAGCGAGGCUGGGUGUGAGACACCAAUUAUUAUCCUUGUGAUAUGGGUGCAGUUGCUCGAGUUACCAAGUCAUUUUUAGAUUUCGUUGUAGUAAGUCAUUCAUAUUCACCUUGCUGUUACAAGCAGCUUUUUGUUGCUAGGGCCUAACAAGGAAAAUGCAGUGCCUAAUGCAUUGCCUAUUGGGUGAAGAAAGUUAAUAUGGUUGUUGUACUGAUGGUCGGAGUUUUCUGUUUUUGCAGAAAUCGUAGACUGCUGUCUGUCGCUAUAUUUGGGCAAUUUAGAUUUCAUUUAUUGUGUCUAUCAUUUUUAUUAUGUUAGUGGAAAGUUACCUGUCGUUUGAUAAGAAAUGGUAUUUUAUUAUGUACAUGCUGUGUUACAAAUGUUCUUUGUUCCAACUGAACGAACAAUACUUGUUCACAGAAUUAGAAUGUGGUACAGUGUUUAUUGAACCAAGGGUAAAAGCAGCUUUCGCACAAUUUAACACCCCCAUAAGCUUUCUUUUGGUCCUCACAUCGCAGGUACACCUUCACUAGCUCCAGCAUAGAACAUUUCAGUGUCAAAAUACUUGCUCUACUGAAAGCAUUUGUAAUGUCUCGCCAUGUUGCAUAUUAAUGUAAUGAAAUGCUGCAAGAACUAAAUUUGAAUAAGGAAAUGCUCUGAAAUUUGACCUGUGUACUCUUUCUCUGCUUCUGAAGCUGGAAUCAGCCUGAGCCUCCCCCCCCCCCCCCCCCCCUAAUAAAGAAAGAAAGAAAAUUUGUUGUUGGCAUCAUUAGACUUAGGUAAAGCUUUGAAGGGACAAAGUCCCUAGCAAUGUUUGAAAAGGUUUGUGCUGUGUUAGAUUUUUGCACUCCUGACGAGCUUCAUGUUACCUCUUGUGUGCAAUUUUCCAAAUGUUUUGCAUUGAAUUCAAUCUCUUCUUUCUCAGUGGUCAGAAAAUUAAACUGUUAUAUAGUGUAGACCGCUUAUAACGUAAGUCGCCGGGGUCGCGAAUGUCCGCACUAUAAGCGGUACCGCACUAUAACCAAAGCAACAAUUUUCAAGGCCCGCACAUAUGCAAAACAUCUGCACCGAGCCGCCUCGCGUAUGUGACAGUCGAGGAAUGCGGCUAGAACGUUUGCAUUCAAUUUACAGUCGAAUCUCGUUAAUUCGAACCAAAUCACACGGCGGCGCCUCCCACCGGCAUUGCUCCGGCACCGUCAUAGAGUAAAAGCUUAGGGGAGACCCCUCAAUGUCACGCGCGGACGAAACAAAAAGAAAAAAAAAGCGCAGCAGAAAUUUUACCCUCUCUCAAAUGGCAAGGUCGCCGAUACUGCGUUGCGCCGGAACAUGCGUGUACGUGCAGACGUCUCAGCCACGCUACCGUAGCCACGUGUAUGAACCCUUCUUUCUCCUUUACGAAGUAGCUUCCUCUACUUUCUAGUCACGUGUUAACCUUGCACGCUGCGGCUACGGCGCAGAGGGAAGCAGCGGCGCUGUCCCAGGCCGGCCAACGUAACUGCCCACGCCGGUAAACUCUGCUUUCCGAUAACGGCAGAAAACGAAAGUUCGGGGAGCUGGCGCCGGGCCGGCUGGAGCGGCGGCGCCUGCACGGCGGCGAGCGCGCACGGUGACAGUCGAAAGUGAGGGAGCUACGAGGAAGGGCAAGGGGAGCCACCGAAGUGGCGGAGUUGCCGAGGCGAAAUCCGCUUCCCUGCCGCCCUCCUCCCUCACAUUCCACGGUCUCCACGUGCGCCCUUUGCCGUGAUGUGCCGGCGCCGCCCGCUCCCUGAAGUUUCGUUUACUGCCGUUAUCGUGAAGCGAGCGUUGGCCCGCGUUGGCAGUUUCGUGGCGCUCGCUCGCUAUGCGCGCUGUGAUAUUUCACGACUCGCACUCAAGAUUCUGGUUUCAGCUCACAGGCUGUUCGUUCGCACCACGUGCCCUUCUCCUCCACUUUGUCUCUCUUUCUUCCUCGAGCACUCCUUGGGGCGCCUGUUUGAGGGGAGCGUUUGCCGUCUCCACUGACUUCCGUACUACCAGGCAGCCGCACUGUAACCGGUGUUUUGUUUCCCGCAACUGCACUAUAAGCGAUACGUAUAUACAUGGAGUGCUAUGGGAAAAUUAACGGGAGUCUGAAAAGACCGCACUAUAUCCGGUCCUGCACUAUAAGCGGUUACGUUAUAAGUGGUCUAUACUGUAUACAUAGCCUCUAACCAGCCACCAACAUUGUCAGUGAGCAACGGUAACAGGAGUCUUCAGUUCAUGCCUAUAUAACAGUUGUUCAUUGAUUAUUAUUCUGCCAUUUUGCAAUUAAAGAGAUACUAAAGAUGAUUUUAUACUUUACUUGCUUUCAAAAAAUGUGAAUCCAGGUACUCUGCACCAUGUUUAGAUGCUUUUGCGCUCAUUUUGGGGUAUCUUUCAACCAAAACGCAGCUAUUUUCAACCAAAACGCUCGUUGAAAAUAGCUUGUCUGUAUUUCCCAUGGUCCCGAUAAUGUCUCUUCUAUUCCUGCAAAUUAAAGGUUUGGAUCCCAGCAGGACAAUACAUUCUUUAACUACCGUACUUACUCAAUUCUAAUGCGCCCUCAAUUGUAAUGUGCACCUUCUUUUCAUGUCCAAAAAUGAUUAAUGCUUUUGAUUGUUCGCUCACCAGUUUUUCUUGCUAAGAGAGAAAGCAUAAUGGCGAUUUGGUCUGACUUGGAAAAAGAAAGUUAAUUGCAUCCCAUCUACAGUGGACCGGCCAUCACUUAAAGGGACUGACAUGCUGGCUAGAAUGUGUUGUGAGACGUUGAUGGAAAUGAAAUGACCAUGAUAAAAUCCAGCAUGCUGCUUGCGAUUUAAGUGGGAAUUAUAAUUUUAAAUUGGCAAAGCAAGUCUAAAAACCCAGUAAGUGGUGUGGCCUGGCGGUGAAGUCUUGGUACUUUGGAUGUAGUAUAUAUGAGAUUACUGUACGUAAGUCGGCUGGUAUGGAGUACAGCAUACUUAUUGCUUAAAAUUGCAGUUUGUAUAUUGUUAGGCUUUUGCGCUGUAUUCUAUGCGUAUUAGAAAGUAAAAAAAGGGCACGCUAACGAGUGGAGCUUUUUGUAAUCUGAUUGUAUGUGCGACGCGAAUUGUGUAAUGCUUUCUGGAAGCCACGCGGGCACCAGCGAUUACUCUGGAACCUUCGGCGAGUCAUGUAUAAAAGCCGACGCGCUUGACCUGCAGAUCAGAUUUUCGCCGAUCGCCGACUCUGCUCGCCGUUAUCGUUGUGCUUGAGUGUUACUUGUUUUGCAGUGCUUUGCUCUGUCUGCAACGUGCCGCACGAGGCAGAUUCUAAGCGAGGCAGAUUACAAGAAGCUUUCAUGACAACAGCCAAUGGCUAGAACUAUCGAUAAUAUUCGAGAAACUUCUGAUACAUGCAGGUGCGUCGUGCGGCGAGGGAUAAUGUUUAACAUUUGCUGGCCGUGAAUUGUGUCUGGAAGCAUGCAGGAAAAAUUCACCGACGGUUACGGUACUCCCUGAUGCGAAAUUUGAGCGCAGUCAUUUAGUGAUUUAUUGGCUGGCGCGGACAAUCUGUCUCAUGCGGCACGUUGCAGAUGGAGCGAAGCGUUGCAAAACAAGUAACACUCAAGCACAACGAUACCAGCGAGCAGAGCCAGUGAUUUUCGAAAAUCUGAUAUGCGGGUCAAGCGCGUCAGCUUUUAUACAUGACUCGUCGAAGGUUCCAGAGUAAUCGCUGGUGCCCGCGUGGCUUCCAGAAAGCACUACACAAUUCGCAUCGCGCAUACAAUCAGAUUAAAAAAAGAUUUCAUGACAACAGCCAACGAAUAGAACUAUCGAUAACAUUAGAGAAACUUCUGAUACAUGCAGGCAUGUCGUGCGUCGAGGGAUAAUGUUUAACAUUUGUUAGCCGAUGAAACGCAGUGACCGAAGAAAGAUAAAGAAGUGAACAGAUGGACACGCGGUACUUUGGUGCCAUCUCAUAUAGCGAUUGUCGGCACCACGCUUUUCUCUUUCAUCCUUCGCUGUUGUGCUUGUUCGCUCAGUUACGCCACCAAUGCUCGCCACAGGAACGGAUUAAGAGCUGCGCUCUAAAAUAUGACUGUCAUCACGAGGCGCACAAUUCUAUUAAUUUUAAAGAUGUGUCUGUAGGUCAGUGCAUUCUAAAAAGAGUCACACAGAUGCUCAUGCAAAUUGAAAGAUUUGUCAGCACUCUUCUGUGAAUGCUUGCAAUACAAAACAGCAUGGUUUCCCUUAUGUUUGAUGCGAUUGUCCUGAAUUCAGGAAGCAUGUCUUAAUAACUUCUCGAGUACACAUGCAAUUUUAGGGGAACCUCUACUAGCCUUUUAAAACAACUGAUGGAACAGUGGAAGGACAUGUUUUGCGUGAUCUCAGCCUUGGAACAGUGCUGUGGAAUGUUAGUGCAAUCAUAGUUACUAUGGGUGUACUCACGUUUCAGAACACCGUCUGGCAUCACUGGCAAAGGGUUCAGAAAGUUUCUGCAGAGUGUACUAGAUGCCUUUAUGUGGUAAACAGCAGAGACUUAUGGUACAUUUGACUGGUUGACUUUGUAAUUUGACAAGCAGUGAUGUGGAGCCUACUCGGGAUCACAGGCAGUGAAAUCCUACCUGAGCCGAACAUUCAAUCACUUAAUGGACAUCAUGGAAAUAACUUCAUUGGGUGUUUCCGAGCAUUCUUUUCAAAUAAUAUUUGAACAAGAAUGUUUGGUCUUGUAUUUCACUGUAUGCUUCCUUUUUCUUUUGUUUUUUGUGAUGGCAUGUUUCUACAAGACAAAGGUGAAUAACUGCCAAAAUGUAAUACUUUGUUUCCCACUUCAGUCCACCAUCACAAGUUUUAGCUACUAUCACCUUCAUUUGAUAGCAUAAACAGCCUUGCACAAACCCUUCAAGCACACUUUUUUGUUGAAAUGCUGUGUUGUGCACAUUCUUUGUGAUGUUUUUGUUUUACCAUAUAUAGUGAUUUAUCUUGUGGUUUGCCAUUACUUUAUGAAACUUGCAUAUGUUAUAGACUGAAAAGAGAGCAACUAGCAGUGUGUGCUACUGGAGUGUUAGGAUGACUUUUUAAGGUAAACAAAAUUUUGUGGUUCUGUUCUGUAGUGUGGAUUUGGGGGACACAUUGGUGAUCUGCUUUUACAGCAAAGUUGUUAAGAGAAGUUCCCCAAUGGUUUUCAUGCGGCGGCAGUGAAGGUCAGCGUGUGACGGCGUGGUCAAUACCAAAUGUCAAUCAAAAAACAGCCGAACACGCAGACUGCAUCAAAACCCCGAAUUUGCUGUGAAACAGAAUUAUCGAGAGUUAUACAAUAGAAGUUACCUUGUGUAUGCCUCACUUAAAUAGACAACUUCUCACAGUUUAUCUUAGCCAGUAAUCUGCAAUUUUUUCUGAGGUCGCGUUUCAGCGGCUCCACAUUAGAGGUCAGCUAGGAGGGGCCCAAAUCCACAAACAUUUUGUGGGUAUCCUGUCUUGACCUUUUGACUAAGAUGAAUUUUAAUAUCUGUUUUUUUUAGUACAUUUGUGCCGUACUGCUUCUUAUGAUUUUAAAUUAAACACGCCGGUCUCUGUACAAAGUUCAUAUAUAGUGAAGGCCUGGGUGUAAUGAGGGCAUUGCAUUGGAUACAGUGAAGCGUUUGUGAAGUCUUGGGUAGAAUUCAGGCAGUCAAAAUAGACCCCUAGGUCUUCCGAAGGGUGGGAGAACUCCCUUAUGCAGCUUUGCUGUCUUUCAUGUAUGAGUUGCUUGGGUUGGCAAGCAUCUGCCAUGUUUUUUUAUAUAUAUAUAUAGCGCUUAUAUUUCUUGUGCUUUUCCCUGAGCAAGCCCACCAUUUUUGUUGUCUAACUAAGCACAGCUAUUUUUUGCUGGAUUGCUGUAAGACAUUAUUUCAAACCAUUUUUCAAACAUAAAACAAUGUUUUGUUAUGGAAUUGUCUCUGUAGAAACUCGGCCUGGUAUGUCAGCUUGCAUGUGGCUGGAGCAUUGAUGGCCCUUGAUAUUCUCAGUAUUUUUGCUGUGUGUGUGUUGCCUGUCACUGUUCACUGGAGAGGAAAGACUAGGCCACUCCAUUAAUGUUUUUACUGUCAUGAAGGAAAGUUGCAGAUGUAUGCUUGUUAACCGAUUUGUGUAAAAGCUUGGCUAUGGAAGAAAUGAUGUGGUCUCCCAUGACAAUAUAAAAGAAGUAAUGCAUGGCAAAGGAA